GCCGCCAUGUUCGUUCCUUCCGCAGCGCCCGGUGGCGGUGGCGCAGCCGGGGACCGGGACCGGCGGGAGGAGCGGCGGCAAUUCCCUUCCCGCGGGCAGGGAUCGGCCUCCCCAGCGCGCUCGGGAGCGGCGGCAGUUUCCUUCCCGCGGCCUGGAGCCGAGUCAGAUUUUUGGAAACUUGCAGAUCUGCUAUAGGCAACAAGUUUUACCACUGUAGUGAUUGAGGGCUGAGAAAUGUAAAUCCUCCACAAACAGUCUAGGAAAACAGGAGGAUCUUUUCCCGUAACAAAAUGGCAACAAAAUCAUCACUCCUUAAAGUAAUACUGCUGGGAGAUGGUGGAGUUGGGAAGAGUUCCCUCAUGAACAGAUACGUCACCAACAAGUUCGACGCGCAGCUGUUUCAUACCAUAGGUGUGGAAUUCCUAAAUAAAGAGCUGGAGGUGGAUGGACACUUUGUUACCAUGCAGAUAUGGGACACGGCAGGUCAGGAACGCUUCAGGAGCUUGCGGACUCCUUUCUAUAGAGGUUCUGACUGUUGCCUGCUAACCUUCAGCGUGGAUGACUCUCAAAGCUUCCAAAACUUAAGUAACUGGAAGAAAGAAUUCAUUUAUUAUGCAGAUGUGAAGGAGCCUGAAAGUUUUCCAUUUGUGAUACUGGGUAACAAAGUUGAUAUCGAUGAAAGGCAAGUAUCUACAGAGGAAGCCCAAGACUGGUGCAGGAAUAAUGGCAACUAUCCCUAUUUUGAAACCAGUGCAAAAGAUGCCACUAAUGUUGCAGCAGCCUUUGAAGAAGCUGUUAGAAGAGUUCUAGCCUCUGAAGAUAGAUCAGAUCACUUUAUUCAAACAGAUACGGUAAACCUUCAUCGGAAACCGAAGCCCAGCUCAUCUUGUUGUUGACUUAAAUUUCUUUUUGCCAAAUUACUGUUGACUAGCUUGCUCUGUAAAGGAAUGGGGAAGGUGUAGUAGAUAGAAUAACAAACGGAUUUCACUCUAAUAUUAAAAUUGUAAUAUUUUGCUGCUUUCAUGGGGGAGAAAAAGAAAAAUCUCCAUUCAUGAGUGACCCGUUAUUGAAUUAGUGAUGCUUUCUGUUUAGGAAGACAUCAAGGAAAAAAUAAUAUAAGAAUAUAAUUUGCCAACGUUAUUCAAAUGAUAAAUACUUUGAAUAUAAUUAAAACUUGAAAGUUCUAGAAGCACUACUUUGGAGAAGCUGUUCUGGAAUUCAGGCACAAAGAUACUUUUGUAUGUGUAUAUUUUUAUGAAAUUGGCAUUCCAGUUUUGCUUCAUUAGAUGUCAGUUUCUUAACAAUGCUAGAUAUUAAACUUCAGUCUCACUACAUUCCUUUUGCUGUGAGUGGUACUUCAUCUCUAAUCUGGUUAUUAUAAGUUAAUAUAAAUUACAUCCAGGUCUUCUAAUUGCCUAAUGUUACUGUAAUUUGUGUAAGUUUGUAAGUAGGAAUUAAAUUUCCUACGUAUUUAAUGUCCAUUUUCUCCCAUACAUUAAUCUGAUGCUGCACUAAUUUCUCCAGUGGUUUAAUGCAAAAUACCGAUCAUUUUUUAAAUUAAUGUGUGUCCUUGCCUUAAGUCCAUUCUGGCAUGUUUCUGAUCAAUAAGGUGAAAAAUCUGAGUAACUGAAAUAUAACCAUUUUUUGAAAAAGAAAUGCUUUAUUCAGUCAGCUUUAAUAGCACUUGAAAGGAUCCACAUUGUGACAGUUUUUUAGGAAAACUUGUGUACAGCCUUAGAAGUUCCAAACUUCUUGUUUGUUACCCUGAGCUAUGAAUGUGUUUACCUGUAAUAUCUGCACUGUGAUAUUAAGGAAUGGCAAUACGUAGAGAACUCAGGAAGCUCUUGACUUACAGUAGAUUUGACAGCUUUCAGCCCUAAUACAGGUAUAUAACUAUAGAUAGUGUUUGAGCUGAAUUUGAUCAUUAUUAAAAUUGCUAUUUUAGGAUAUGGACUUGUACCUUUAAGAGAUAAUAUCUUUUAUAUUACUGAAUUAAUUUCAUAAUUAUGAACUGUAUUUGUUGGACAGUAUUUUGCUGUCAGGCAGACAAAACUUGCAGGUGUUUUUGAGGCUUUCAGCUGCAGUUUAAGUGGUAGAAUACUUGUAUGAGAAAUGGUUAUUGGCUCUCAGAGUAACCACUGUCCUUGCAGUAGCAAAAUUGCUAGUGCAGUAGCAAUUGCUUCCAUUUGUAAUUGACUGCUAACAGGCACACAUGUGCACGUGGUCUGAGAGGAAGUCUGAUGCUGCAGGACAGGCCAUGUUAUUGAUUAAACAACUGCUUUCUGUACAGAAACGUUUUUGUUUCAAUGGAAAAGUAUUUCUUGAAGAGUACAUUACCAGCAAGCACUUUAUCUUAAAAGUAUCUGCUCAAUCUGUACCAGGUGUAAUUAUUUGGAAGUAAAGCUUGCAAAAACAAA